AUGAUAGGACGACUGGUCCACUACGGCGCAGAUGCUGUCCUCAUCUCCUGCGUCCUCGCCGGCGUCAAACGGACAACUGGCUUCACACUAUCACCCUCAGCCUGUGGUAUCCCAGAGGGCACGGCGACCGGGCUCGUCAAUUCCUAUCUUGGCGUAGGCGAAGGCCUCUUUGAUUAUGCAUGCGCUACAAGCUAUAGGAACGGCUUUUUUGUACGUUCCCCUCGUCUUCGCCAUCCGCUCUCCCUCUGUCAGGCCAGCAGCAACGAAUGCAGGCGCUCGCGACACGGCGUUACGCGUCGAGAUGAGCAGCAUUCACUUGCUGGCGCAUUUCUUCUCGCAUCGUACUCUUCACCCUUUAGCGAGCUCGGAGCCAUAAUGCGCAGCAAGUGA